AUGGGGCCCUUUGGCAGCUCACAGAUGCUGGGAUUGAGGCCGCAUGGCUUCAGGAGCUUUGGGAAUGCCAGACAGGAACCUGCUCAUAGGGUUUCUCUGCAGGUCGGGCAUGAGCCACUACCUCCAACCAUUGGAAGAAAUGUGCUGGGAAGGAAAGUCCUUUACCUGCCCGGCUUCUUCACCUAUGCCAGACACAUUGUGGAAGUGGAUGGAAAGAGAGGCCUCUUCCGUGGUCUUACUCCUCGCCUCAUCUCAAGCACUUUAUCAACCAUCACCAGGGGGAGUGUGAAGAAGGCCUUUCCACUGGAAGACAUGGAGCAUGUUUCCAACAAGGAUGAUGUGAAGACCUCCCUUAGGAAAGUGGUGAAAGAGACCUCCCAUGAGAUGAUGAUGCAGUGCAUGUCCCGCGUUGUCUCACAUCCGCUGCACGUGAUCUCUAUGCGCUGCAUGGUCCAGUUCAUAGGCCGGGAAGUCAAGUACAGUGGUGUGUUCAGUGCCAUUGGCAGGAUACUUAAGGAAGAAGGGAUCCUGGGAUUCUUUGUCGGUUUAGUCCCUCACGUCCUGGGGGAUGUCAUCUUCCUCUGGUGCUGCAACCUCCUGGCUCACUUCAUCAACACCUACGCCGUGGAUGAUAACUUCAGCCAGGCAUCAGUGAUCCGGAGCUACACCAAGUUCGUGAUAGGGAUCGCUGUGAGCAUGCUGACAUACCCAUUCCUUCUGGUGGGAGAUCUCAUGGCAGUGAACAACUGUGGGUUGCGUGCUGGCCUCCCUCCCUAUGCUCCUGCAUUCACAUCCUGGAUCCACUGCUGGAGGUAUCUCAGUGCUCAGGGGCAGCUGUUCCGUGGCUCCAGCCUGCUCUUCCGCAGAGCUCCCAUCCCAGCCGCCUGCUUCCCCAUCGACUGA